AUGUUUGGAAUGGAUAAUGUGAGUCACAAAAGAACUUCUGCACCAACACAUCUAAAGCUAUCCAAAGAUGAAGAGGGCAUAAGUGUUGACCAAAGUUUGUACAGGAGCAUGAUUGGAAGCUUGCUAUAUCUAACAGCCAGCGGACCAGAUAUUGCAUUUGCAGUUGGAGUAUGUGUCAGAUAUCAAGUAGAGCCAAAGGUAAGUAACUUAAACCAAGUCAAGAGAAUCUUCAAAUAUGUAAAUGGAACUUCUGACUAUGGCAUAUUGUACACUCACGGGUGUGACCCUGUUCUGACUAGAUAUUGUGAUGCUGAAUGGGCCGGAAGUGCUGAUGACAGAAAAAGCACAUCUACAGGAUGUUUCUUCUUAGGAAACAAUCUCAUAUCAUGGCUUAGCAAGAAGCAGAGUUGUGUCUCAUUAUCAACUGCUGAAGCAUAA